GUGGUAUUAAACUCUCGAGCGAAAUUUGCUUCUGUGCGUGUUCCUUCAGGGUAGCAGCCGCGCAGGGCACUGGUAGAUGGAGAUGUUCUGUAGAAACAAGAAACGAAAAAUGUAAGGGAUUACUCAGGUCGUGUCUUUGCAGUUUCCGCUGCCUGCGGUGCUGCGUGCAGUCGAGGAGAUGUCGUUUGUGGGAUUACGGAAAAAGCGACUACUUUUUCAGUCGCUUUCUUUUGUGCUGAGCUAUUUGCUUCAACAUGUGGUUGGUGCCCUGGGACUUCGACUCUUUAAGGAGGUGCAUCUUCCAGCAAGAAGCCCGAGCCACGCCCAUCUUGCUCCCGUUCUCAACCUGUUGCAGCUGACCGAACCGGACUCGCCAUGCACACAGUUUCAUGGAGAUGAGAAGCGCUGCUUGUAUGGCGACGUCAACUAUCUCAACAAAAAGAUUCUCAAAAUUUUUAUGGUUUGAGAACGUUGUUAAUUCCCGAUGGUAUGGCCAGAAAAGUGCUGGUCCAAAAAUUUUUGAGAACGUUUCUGCUGAGAUAGUUGACAUCGCCAUAGCUUGGACGUGGGUAACGCACAACACUGCAUGUUCUUGCAGCUCGAGAACGCGCCGUCGCUGUGUCUUCCCUGCACCUUCGGGGAAACAAGUGUGCCGUGUCCGGCGGAGCAGAGCGUCUUCGCGAUGCAGAAAGUAGUAAAGUGCGACAUGGCGUGCGGCCACCAGGAGGUACUGACGAAGGUGAGUCCCUGCACGGACGUGCUGGAUAAGCAGAUCACGAAGAACCAGUGUAUGAGCAAGGGGGACGCGUCCGAAACGAAGUGCAUGUGGAUCCAGUACGACCUGAACGGCCAAACCGAGUCCACGUGUGGGCCCUGCGAGGUGGGCGGUGUCGGCACCGUGUCCUGCUAUGGCGCGGGGAACCCGGGUCCGGAAGCCGGAUCCAAGGUGCUGGACUGCGUGUCGAAGUGCGACGAGCAGACUUCCGAGUACGGGAUCCCGUGCGGGGGUGGUGUGCCGGCCGUCACGCCGUGUUUUGUCACGCCGGCGCCGCCAGACGAAAUCGCGGUGACGGGUGUGGACGCCUACAAAGUCCAGGCCGAAGAAGGCGCUCCGGAGUACUUUGCAGCGCAGGUCCCCGCUCCCUUCGGAGCCGCAGAAUUCGCUGCUGCAUCGAAGGCCGCCGCAAAGGCCGCGGGGUGGUACCCGGACACAAAGCUGCCGCCAGAGGUACAUACUCGAGAGCUAGAGCCUUUUUGAGCUUUGCCUUUAUGUGUUCAGUUACUUUUUUCCUGCCCACCAUUUCUACCACGUCUCGUCAUUGAUUUUCGCUCGUUUUUAGUGUUUGCUUCGGCUGGCAGCUGUAGCGGAGUAUAUGCCUUGUUUUUUUCGUCGAUAACCAUAAGCGACAAUCCAUAUCUACUCCAGACUCCGGUGAUGGUGUGGGGAGGUCCGCCGGAGAACUCGACUGGACUUCCGCAUGAGGUGGCACCAAUGUGGGGUCCUGCGCCGCCCGGGAUCCCAGGAGUGCCUGCACCUGGAACUGGAUUUAUGGGUGUCCUGCCAAAUGAACCAAAGCCGUGAGUAGAAGACACUGCGAUACGAAGCUCCACAACAAAGCGCAAAGGCCGUCUUUCACAAAGAAUGACAGAACUGGCAUAGCGGCCUUCACUGGGGGUUCAUACCGGGUCGCGGGCGAUCGAUUGCGAAGUUGUGUGCGUUGCAUUUUCUUUUCCAUGCUGACGUUGUGCAUAACCGUUACCAUAACCAUAAAUGAAGGAAGGACCACUGCACCGCAAGCAUUGUUUUGUCGCCUGCAUUAAGGAGGUCGAUCAUGCUAAAGAACCAAAAGUAGCUUUGAUUCGAUCGCGCUGAGUGUGGUGCCUGUACAGAGUCGUGUCAUGCAACCACCCCGUGAUUCUGAUAUCUUGUUUUCUCAGACAGUUUGUCACUGUUUUAUAAAGACAUACUGGAACUUGAAAAUCAAAAUGCUCGGUGAGAAUACAUAACGG